AUGUCCGCCUUCCCCUCAACCCCCAUCGCCCGUCUAACCGGCCACAACGGCCCCGUCCACGCCGUCGCCUACUCCUCGGGCUCGCAAACCUACAUCCUCACCGGCUCCUCCGACCGCACAAUCCGCCUCUUCAACCCGCAAAAAGCACCCCCGACAUCCCCCUCCCAAACCCCAACCCCAGGCCUCGUCACAAAAUACACCGCCCACGGCUACGAAGUCCUCAGCCUCGCCGUCAACACCGCAAACGACAAAUUCGUCUCUACGGGCGGCGACAAGACCGUCUUCCUCUGGGACGUGCAAACCGCACACACGAUUCGCCGCUGGACCGGUCACGCCGGGCGCGUGAAUCGCGGGGUAUGGGGCGGCGAGGACGACGGCGUGGUCGUGACGGGGAGUUUUGACGGCUCCGUCAAGGUGUGGGAUGUCAAGAGUAGUAAUAGCUUCAAGCCGAUUAUGACGCUGGCCGAUGCCAAGGACGCCGUCACCGAUGUUGCCGUGCAGGGGCCGGAGAUUGUGGCGACAAGUGUGGAUGGGAGGGUGCGGUGCUACGAUGUGCGCAUGGGCAGGUGCCAAGUCGAUGUCAUAGGGCCACCGUGUACAUCCCUCAGUCUGAGCAAGAAGGGGACCGAGGUGCUGGUGAGUAGUCUGGACUCGAGCUUGCGGCUCAUGGAUCGCACCAGUGGCGAGUGCUUGAAGCGGUACGAGGAUCGGGCGUUUGUAAACAAGGAUUUAAGGGUGAGGAGUACUUUGGGCUUGAAUGACAGCGUGGUCGUUAGUGGGAGUGACGAUGGCAUGGUGGUGGUGUGGGAUGUCCUUGGUGGAACAUGUUUGCAUCGUUUCAAGCAUGGUGAUAUGCGCGAGGUGGGAAGUGCAUAUGCGGGCCAGACGCCUCAGGCCAAGGGGAAAAAGGAGGUUGUGAGUGCAGUGGCAUUUUGCCAGACGAGAAGAGAAUGGUGUAGUGCAGGUGGUGAUGGCAAUGUAGUAGUUUGGGGCAUGGGAAAAGGAGAUCGAGCAUGA